AUGUCGGACUCUACUGUUGGCCAGACGAAGCAGUUUGGAAAGGGCCAGAGGACCGUGCCGGCCCAGAAGGCCCAGAAAUGGUACCCCGUUGAUGACGAGAGGCAGGCCCGGAAAGUCCGCAAGGCUGUCCGUCCCACCAAGCUCCGUGAGAGCCUAAAGCCCGGUACCGUUCUGAUCCUCCUUGCCGGUCGCUUCCGCGGCAAGCGUGUCGUCCUCCUGAAGCACCUCGACCAGGGUGUUCUCCUCGUCACUGGUCCCUUCAAGAUCAACGGUGUUCCCCUCCGCCGUGUGAACUCCCGCUACGUGAUCGCCACCAGCACUCAGGUUGACAUCAGCGGUGUUGACGCCAAGACUCUCGAGAAGGUCUCCGCCGCCGACUACUUCACCAAGGAGAAGGUCAACGAGAAGAAGACUGAGGAGGCUUUCUUCAAGCAGGGAGAGAAGCCCCAGAAGAAGGUCGUUGCUAGCGCUCGUGCCAGCGACCAGAAGUCCGUCGACCAGUCCAUCCUCGCUUCCGUCAAGAAGGAGAACUUCCUCGGCAGCUACCUCGCUACCUCUUUCAGCCUGCGGAACGGCGACAAGCCCCACGAGAUGAAGUGGUAA